ACCGCUUCUUACUGCGCUAGCUCUGCGGGGGUCUGGGCUGGAAAUGAAGCGAAGGAGUUGGCAAUCUUGAUGCCACACCGCCUGCCGGCAGAAUGACGAAGGGCAAAAAGUGAGAAUUGCAGCGAUUCCUCCGGCCGACUUGAAUGCUCUGGAGAUCGCAGUCUAUUGCUAUUUAUAUAUCAAAUCGAACGCGGAGGACAAGCAAGACGCUGCACAUAGCUCUGCCUGUCAAUCAGCGCCAGCUCUCGGCCAGUAAGCCCGAGACGGACAUCCGCUGCGUGGCCUGGAUGCCGUCGCGCCCGUCGCAAACUCCCAGGUACGUGAGUGAGAGUAUCAGCCGGCUAUUAUUUCUCUUGGGAUAAUGCAUGUCGCUGCCGUCUUAUCUUCCAAGAUGGCUUGUUCUUUGUUUUAUUUAUCUUUUGACUUUUUUUUCGGCUUUUUUUUUAUUUUCUCUGUUACCCCUUUUCCCUGAGUUUCCUCGGGGUUCGUCAAAGCAUACUUCCAUGGCCCCCAACCACCGCGAGGCAUCAGGAGUGUCCAACUCACGAAGAGCAUCUGCGUCUUCCUUGCAAUUUGACUUUCAUGUGUCAUUUCGGGUCGUCCUGUGUAUGGUCGGAUCCUGUUCAGUCAAUGAUCGGUGCCUUUAGACUUUCUCCACGAUCACAAACGAUGUCGGACUACUGACGUUGUUUGAUCUUGCACUAUUCCGAUCGUAUUCACUGUGCCACAUGCUGGGAAUCAGAAUCUCCCACAGGCCUACCUUCUUUGUCAGCUGCCAGGUCUCCCACCUUCAAGAGGAGAGGAGAACAAGACAAGACAGGUCCUGAUGCUUCUGGUCCCUCAUAUCUUGUCACACUCCUUUCGCAUUUGUUUCUCUACUUUUAUCAUUCUAUCGUUCUUGGUUCACCCUCAAGGCACUUCGAUUCUAGCCAGCCUUUAGCCCACUGCAUCUCACCUUCUAUUCUUCUUCCCAUGUCUUCACGUCGCUCCCUUCGGUCUCGCCCUAUGCGGGCUGAUCCAGUGAAUGUGGCCUCUAACGCAAGCACGAGAUCUACUAGAUUUUCCGAUUCUGUCGCUACUUCUGAUCCAGUGACCCUUUCUCGAUCUACGUCAGACUCAUCAGAAGACCCCAAAAGGUCAUUUCGUCUCACCUUGAGGAUGCCUUCAAACAAACUCCGUGAAGUCAGCGGUCGUGGCAAGGCAGACUUGGCUGCUGUGGGGAAACGCAACAUAUUCACCGAGAACCCUAUCAUCACUGGACCGCGGAACAGCAGAUCCAAAAAGAAGAUUGUCGAAGUGGACACUAGCGACGAUGAAGAUGACAUAGAAGACCAGGAGGAAGACGAACUCGAUGAAGAUGAAAUGGAUGUCGAUGGCGAUGCAGACGUAGAUGAUGCUCCACCUCGGCAACCUGUGUCCAAAAGGAACACCAAGGCUUCAGCACCCUCUGGAAAGGCGGCUAAGAGCGUUGAAAUGAAAGAGAUGGAUGUAGCGGAAGAAGAAGACGAGGAGCUGUCGGAGCUGGAAUCAGACGCUGGAAGAGAUGCUGAAGAGCAAGAGGAAAGCGGGGCCGCCAAUGGAGUCGCAGAUGACGAUGGGUUGGAAGAGGAAGAUGAGGAAGACGAGGAAGACGAAGAUGAAGAUGAAGAUGUCGAUACCGACCAAGCGACCCCUGCCAGUAGAACAAGCACGCCGGACUUCAACAGGUUGACCAAGCGGCAAAGAGGCUCUUUGGGUAAUGACUUUUUGCAGCUUCCCAUGGAGCCCCAAGUCAAGAAGCAUCUAACGGCGGAGGAGCGCGCUAUGCGUCGCGCUGAAAUGGCACGACGAAGGAAAAAUCUUAGUGAGAAGCGCAACGAGGAAGAAAAGAUGGAUACAAUCAACAGGCUUCUGAGAAAACAAGCCCCAAAGCGGCGCGGCAGGAUGUCCGCCGUCGAAGCGCCAGAUGCUAUCCCUGGAGAACAGGAGCAGCCGGAGAUAGAGAAACCGGACCCAACCAUGAUUCGAUGGAUCAGCGAUCGCGAUGGAUGCAAGGUUGGAGUUCCGCAGGAAUGGCUUGGUACUUCUGCAGGACGUAUGUUCGGAAGCAACACUUCCGGGGACAAUCAGACCCGGAAGCUCGUCGAAGAAGUAUGAGCAUGCAUGGAUUAUGAGGAUGUCAUGUCAAGGGGGGAAUUGUGCAUUUAAUAAAGACUGUAUGAUUUUAUACCGAUCCGGGAAAUGUGACGAAUUACGGUAACAGGGAUUACUGGCGAGUUAUGGGACUGUUUAUUUGAGAAGUUAAAACGAGUUUGCACUAUACCUAUCCUAAGCCGUUUUAGAAAUUGAAUUAGAAAGGGAU